AGUAGAUCUGCAGGCUGCCAGGUUGGAGGAAAGGGCUUGAGGACUUGGACAGCACUGCCUCUGACUACGGGGAACAGCAGCCGUUUCCUUGAGCAGCCCCUUUCCUCCCACUUGGAGCACGGAGGCAUCAGAGCUUUGGGGAAAGGUCUCGUUGGCCACCGUUGGGAGGGUGGGGAGGUGUCAAGGAAUGCAAGAAGUCCUUAGGCAGGGACCACUGUUGGAGCAGCCUUGGGAAGCAUCAUUCCAGAGGAUACUGGGAUGCCUUCCUGGGUUAGGUUGAGGGUCUCAAAGACUGGAGAAGGAGCAGACAAGUUCUUUGUCCCCCAUCCCUUUUGGGCCCAACCUACAGCUCCUGUGCUCAUCCCAGAGUGACCCGAUGCUCCCGCUGCAAGGGGCCUUCUGCCUGUGCCAGUCUUCCCCAAUCGGUGGCCUCCACAAUCUGGGGCUACAUCCCUGCCAGCUGAAGAGAGGGAAGGGUGCUGCGGCCCAGCCCAGCGGAGGGACAUGGCCAGGAGCAGCUGAGCCAUGUCUCUCUGCCCCAAACAUCUUUGAACUGGUGGGGAAGACAGAUUCUGGGGAGGCCAACCUCACGUCCCUGGAACUGUUGCCCUUCUCUGCCGGGCUGGUGUGGUACUUCUCUGAUCCCGAGGCAGCCUGCCAGGCGGUGACCGACAGACGCUGGGCGACCGAGGUCCGUGCUUUCCAAGUCAGGUUCUUCAGUGGAAACCCGGCAGCUGGACCCACCCCAGAGAAAGUGGCGCGGCGGAUGCAGCUCAUGCAGAGACAUGUCAUCAAAAAAGAAGAGCCCUGUGCAGAAGUGGGCCAGAUCCUGGAAAACAGCAUGUCCGUUUCCCGCCACGUAGCACCGAAUCCAGCCGGGCAGGUGUUGGUGUUUCUCUCCUACCACGUGCUACGAGGAAGCUGCUUCCACGCACUUCCUCACCAGCACUACUUCUUGGACUAUAUUUUCCAGCACUAUAGCAAUGGGACUCAAAACCUCACUCUGGCAGGGCUGACCAAACUAAUGGUACAGUUGGAGGUGGGCCCUAAGGGAACACAUGAGAGCCAUGACCAUGGUGACCAUGACCACAGCGACCACACACAUGAUGGUGGGCACACACAUGAUGGCCAUGACCACAGUGGCCAUGCACAUGACCAUGACCACAGUGGCCACACACAUGGUGGAACCACACACGACCAUGGCCACAGUGACCAUGCACAUGGUGGACACACACAUGAUGACCAUGACCAUGAAGAUGCUACACACGAUCACCCAGAUAGUCAUGACCACGGAGACCACAAAGAUCACUCAGACCAUCACCACGGCAAUGAAACAGACCAUCACCACGGCAAUGAAACAGACCAUCACCACGGUAACGAAACAGAUCACCACCAUGUAGAGCCCCAUAGAAACAGAAGUGAAGGUUCUCUGGUGCGCUCAAAACGAAGUCCUUCUGGCUUGGAAGAACAAGACGUCCACCAGAACAUCUGGGAUACGGUCUGCCUGAGCCCCAGUGACAUCUUUAAGAUUUAUGGGAUCGAUGAUGCCACCGGAAUCACCCACCCAGAUUUCACCCGCCUGAGCCCAGCUCUGGUGCAGCAGAAACUCAGCAAAGCCUGCAGGGCCCCUCGGAAUGCCCCAGCAGAAGGGCACCUCACCACGGCCGAGAAGUACAUCUAUGGCUCGUUGGCCACGCUGGUCGUCUGCUUGUGUGCACUUUUUGGCAUUGUGGUUCUGCUCUGUACGACUUGCAUCAGCGCCUACCAAUAUGUGAUCCAAACCUUUGUCAGCCUGGCAGUAGGAUCACUCACCGGGGACGCCAUGCUGCACCUCAUCCCCAGGUUCUUGGGCCUCCAUUCUCACUCCCACAGUGAGGGCGAUGUCCAUGACCACCAUGAAGCUGAAGACCAUGACAAACUGUGGAAGCUCCUGGCUGUGCUAGGAGGUCUCUAUCUCUUUUUCCUCCUGGAGAAGUUCUUCAUCCUCCUGGGACAUUCACAUGGCGAGGAGGCCUCCGAAUCCAGCAAGGGCCACCAGUGUGACCACGGACUGUCCCUGCAGUUAUACCAAGACGAGAUGAAGAGGAGAAAGCAAGAGAAAGGAGCUUCAAACGCGGACCUGGUGUCCGGGGAAGAAACUGACUUCGGCCAGCAGUUGCGGAAGACAGAACUUGGUCGGGAACUCCGCAUGCUGCCGUACAUGAUCACCAUCGGAGACGCCAUCCACAACUUUGCCGACGGCCUGGCCAUCGGGGCUGCCUUCUCCUCCUCCUGGAAGACAGGGCUGGCCACCUCGCUGGCGGUCCUGUGUCACGAGUUGCCCCAUGAGCUGGGAGACUUUGCAGCUCUGCUGCACGCUGGGCUGAGCGUCAAGCGCGCAUUGCUGCUCAACUUCGUAAGUGCCCUCACAGCCUUCCUGGGCCUCUACAUCGCCCUCUCAGUGAGCACCGGGGAGGAAUUUGAGGCGUGGGUUUUCACAGUGGCCACUGGCCUCUUCCUCUAUGUGGCCUUGUGUGAUAUGCUUCCAGCCCUGAUGAACGUGAAGGACAAACGACCUUGGCUACUCUUCGGCUUGCAAAACUUUGGCCUUCUGGCUGGCUGGGCCAUCCUUCUGCUGCUUUCGCUUUUUGAGCACAAUAUCACAAUUUAAAUGCAGCACUCCUGUGGAUCAGGACCUGCCACACCUCAGCCUCCCUGCAACCCCCAGCAGACAUGGCUGACUCAGGGAUAUCCUUCACUAGACGGGAGAAAGGGGGUGCAGUGCUUGAGGGGCAAGUCAAGAUCCAGAGCUCAGCUCUGCACAAGCUGUUGGCAGAAGCAUUCGGAGACACCUGCCAGGCUUCACCUGAAGCUCGGCUGUCAAUCUCCCCUCUCCACACAUUUACUGUAAUUCCUCAAUUCUGGAAUUGGCUCUCAGACAUGACUUGGUCUGGUAGAGCCCUUAUGGCAGAAAAGAAUGAAGCCACGGCCAUGUGGAAGAGCUGUCCACUGCAGCACACAGAAAAGAAAGCCAUUCUAUAGAGCUUGACUCCCAGGUUUAAAUUCUAGGCCUUUUCCUCCUGACUUUCUGAGUCAGUGGAUACUUGGCCAUUCUCUUGGUGGCUUCUCUAACCUGGGAAUCCCUAGUUUCUGCCUUGCCAGCUUCAUUUCUUACACCAGCAUGCCCUGGAAGGAUGUCCAUCCUGUCUUCCCCUUCUAUUUAUUGUAUUUAUUAAAUCUUUUUUCACACAUACACCCCCCGGAUACUUAACACACACAGGAACUUGGGCCAAAAUGCACUUCUCCAAAUUCUGUUUUCCCUUCAGACCCUCAUUCCAGUGCAGCUUCUCACCAAGUGUAAGUGAACCUGGGAGAGAACUGAAAGCACACUCUUUUGAAUUCAUCCCCAGCCUACAGCUGCUGCACUGCAAAGAGAAUCAUGCAAGGAAAGUGAGCGACUUUCCUACCAAAAGGCUGCUUACACCCACUUAUGCUUGUCCAUAGUUUGCUCAACACCAAUUGAGGAGGCUUAUUAAAAUUUGGCCUCUGGAGGUUGGAGCUGGUACAGACAAGCGUGGGACCGAGGCAGUUUUGUGCACUAGUCCCAGCUGUGUAAAUCAAGAACAGGAAAAAAAUAUCUGCAACUCAGAGGCAGCAGGAGGAGCUUGGGGGAACAGGGUCUCAAGACCAGCCCUGCAUCUCAGCUGGUGGAGUGAGGGCAGAUUCCACCCUACAACAGCUGUCUCCAGUUUAGUGCCUCCCAGAGAUGGCGGGAAAGCUGCCAGUUGCAUUCCAGCCCAUCUGGAAGGUACCGUUAGGUAGUUGGCAUUGGUGGAGCAAGCUAUAGACUGGGCAGCUUCAGGGACCCAUUUUCUGACCGAGUCUAUUACGCAUAAGGGCACACGUUCAUCCUUUCUUUGCAAACAUCCCUAGAGUCAGGGAUUAGAGAGGGAGGCUGGCUCACAAACCCAGCUCAGGGGUAUACAGCCCACUCUGGAGUCGGGAGGGGGCUGUGGACACGCUGCAAGUCGAGCAGCGCGCUCACCCUACUUCACCGGUACCGAAACACACCACGCCAAGGUCUGGAGUCCUGGGCAGGCAGAUGGUGGGCUGCGGACGUAGACCUCGCAUAGCUUUUACAGCACCACGUCUCAUCGUUGCUAAAUAAAACCUACGGAUUCUGAGCAUUUCA